AUGGCCUCCGCGCGUUCGGAGCGCAAACCUAGUCGCAUGAGUCUUUCGCCGAAUGUCGCCAGGUCUUCGAUCAACAAACCUCGCUCGGGGCGUGGUCGCGCUGGCCCGUUCAAUGCAAUGAAUCAAACAGAAGCUCGUAUUCGGGAUGACCCUCGUCCUCGUUCCCAAGCCGCCCUCAAGCGUUCGAAACAAGAGGACUACCCUUUCCCCGUCACCUACGGCCGUCGUACAGCCAUCAAAUCCAAAAUCUCCAAUCUCACCAGCUUCGAUCAUUUCCCUCUUCUCCCAGUUGUCCGACACUCCAUCUUCUCUCAGGGUCUGCCUGGUCUCGCCGAUGUGAGCCCAACUCCGAUUCAACGAGUGGCCAUCCCCCAACUCCUCGCCGCGAUCCCGAAACAUCAGCAGAAGAAGCUCGGUCCCGAUGACCCCCAGUACGAACAAUUUCUUCUCGCCGCCGAAACCGGUUCAGGCAAGACAUUGGCGUACCUCCUCCCAGUUCUGGAUGCCAUUAAGCGCGCGGAAGCCCGAGACUUGGAAGAAGAGAAGAUACUGGCGGAGGAAAAGGCCAAGGAGCGCGAGGAGAGGCUGAAGAACCGAACAUACGAGCUUGAGCCCGAGGAACCCCCCAUGACGGAUUGCGGCCGGCCUAGAGCCAUCAUCCUCGUUCCCACAUCCGAGCUGGUGACCCAGGUGGGAUUCAAGCUCAAGGACUUUGCACACACCGUCAAGUUCCGUGCGGGAAUGAUCUCUUCCACUUUCACGCCGCGUCGUAUCAAGAGCACCCUCUUCCAUCCCGAUGGCAUCGACGUUCUUGUCUCAACCCCCCAUCUUCUCGCCUCCAUCGCCAAAACCAACCCCUAUAUACUCAGUCGCGUGAGCCAUCUCGUCCUUGACGAGGCUGAUUCCCUCAUGGACCGAUCUUUCAUCCCAACCACCACCGAAGUCAUCGACAAGGUCGCCCCGUCGCUGAAGAAACUCAUCUUCUGCUCCGCCACCAUCCCCCGCAGCCUGGACAACCAACUUCGCAAACGCUACCCCGACGUCAAGAGACUGACAACCCCGAAUCUUCACGCCAUCCCCCGUCGUGUGCAACUCGGCGUGGUAGACAUCGAGAAGGAACCCUACCGUGGAAACCGUCAACUCGCCUGCGCCGACGUGAUCUGGUCAAUCGGCAAGGCCGGCGAAAGCGCCGAUGGUGAGGACCACGGUCCUCUGGCCCAAUUCAUGGGCCCCCACAUCAAGAAGAUCCUCGUCUUCGUCAACGAGAGAGAAGAAGCCGACGAAGUGGCCGAGUUCCUCGCUUCCAAGGGCAUCGACGCCGUCUCCUUAUCCCGAGACUCCAGUUCCCGCAAACAAGCCGAGAUCCUUGCCGAAUUCACCGAAGUCGAGCAACCCCCAACCGCCGAUGAGGUCUCGCUGGCAAAGAAGCAGGCCCGUGCUGAGGCAGCUAUCCCCUUCGCAGCUCCCGAGAAGAAGGCCGAAAUUGAGCGCCGUCUUCCCAACACCAAGGUUCUGGUCACUACUGACAUUGCCUCCCGCGGUAUCGAUACCUUGGCCGUGAAGACUGUGAUUCUCUUCCAUGUGCCGCACACGACGGUGGACUUUAUCCAUCGCCUCGGUCGUCUUGGUCGUAUGGGUAAGCGUGGUCGUGGUGUGGUUCUGGUUGGCAAGAAGGAUCGCAAGGAUGUUGUUCGCGAGGUUCGCGAGGGCAUGUUCCGUGGACAGGCCUUGAUUUGA